AGAGCCUGGUCAUCGUCGCCAUCGAAGUCGAAGCACUGGCCGGUACAGUGAUGACGAUAGCACACUGGUCAGUGAGGAUUCACAAGAUCGAAAGCGACAUCGGAGGAGGAAAGAUCGAGAGUACGAGAAGGAGAAACGGAAAGGACCCAGACAGGUGAAACGAGACGAGAAAACACGUGAACCUAAAGGGUCAGUCGUAGCGAUGACUCAAGGUGAACAGCCUCAAGCAGCGAUGCUAAAUGCACCAUGGCCAGGAGGU